GCACGGGUUGGAGGAACGGGAGGGCGGGCGCCCCGGCAUGUUUGCAGGCUCCAUGCUCCGUACCCAGGUAGCCUAGCUAUAUGACUGGCUGGACUCCCCGAAACGCCAUUGUGUGGUGGGCGUGGCCCGCAGGGGGGCUGGGGCCGCGCAGGCGCCUAGUGCUUUUUCUUCACCCCAGACGCCUCCCACCCUCCCCCUAGGAGGCGGGGCUCAGGCCGCAGUUGGGGCGGCGCAGGCGCGGUGAGGCACGCCUCUAUCCCAGGCCCCGCCUCCCUUUUCCGGGAGGGCGGGGCUCGAGCGGGGGCCUGGCCGGCGGCGAGUCCAGCGGUUGCGGGCCACCGGGCUGUCCGGGACUUCCUCCUUAGGAAGCAGCUCGGCCGAGGCAGGCAGGCAGGCGGGCAGGCGGGCGUGCCCCACGUCCCUUCUUGCAGCCCUGACCAUGCCCCAGGCCGGCAGCACCUCCUCUCCCGGAGCCAUCCCCGAUGAAGUGCGGAGUCUGCUGGCAGAUCUUGAGACAUUUGUAGCAGAAACACUCAAAGGGGAAAAUUUAUCCAAGAAAUCAAAGGAAAAGAGAGAAUCCCUUAUUAAGAAGAUAAAAGAUGUAAAGUCUGCCUAUCCUCAAGAAUUCCAAGACAAAGUUGAUGGAGAAGAUGGAGAAGAAUAUGAUGAUCCUUUCCCGGGGCCUCCAGAUACUCUCUCCCAAACAUCUGACCGCUGUGAAAAAGACGAUGAGGCAGCCUCUGAUGGAAACCAGUUCCCUCCAAUUGCAGCACAGGACCUUCCAUUUGUUCUGAAGGCCGGCUACCUUGAGAAACGGAGAAAAGAUCAUAGCUUCCUGGGAUUUGAAUGGCAGAAGCGUUGGUGUGCUCUGAGCAAAACGGUUUUCUAUUAUUAUGGAAGUGACAAAGACAAACAACAGAAAGGUGAAUUUGCUGUAGAUGGAUACAAUGUCAAAAUGAAUAAUACCCUGAGGAAGGAUGCAAAGAAGGAUUGCUGUUUUGAAAUCUCUGCUCCUGAUAAACGCAUCUAUCAGUUCACAGCGGCCACUCCCCGAGAUGCUGAGGAAUGGGUUCACCAGCUGAAAUUUGUAUUACAAGACCUGGAAUCUGAUGUCAUUCCUGAGGAUGACGAUGAGAGAAGAGAAUUAUAUGAUGAUGUCGAUUCCGCGCCCACAACCACAAGUCCCCCAGCAAAUGGCCAGCUGAGCUAUGACGAAAUUUACGAAGUACUUCCAGAAGAUGAAGAGGAUGAUGCUUAUAAGAAAACGGAGGAGGCCAGGCCGAAGGCUCCUGAGGCCACGCCCGCUGCAGAUAAAAGCACCGAUUAUGCUAAUUUUUACCAAGGCCUGUGGGACUGCACAGGGACUGUUCCCGACGAGUUGUCAUUUAAACGGGGUGACGUUAUCUACAUUCUCAGCAAGGACUACAAUAGAUUUGGCUGGUGGGUAGGAGAAAUGAAGGGAACCAUUGGCUUGGUGCCUACAGCCUACAUAAUGGAGAUGUAUGAUAUUUGAGAGUCCUGGCAAAUUCUAACAUUUAGAAGCGAAGAAAGAUGGAGCUUUCCGAGACGCCGUGGAUUUAGCGCGAUCCUCUGAGCUUUGAAUGAUGGCUUAUCUUCUUCUCCGCAUCUCAAAAAGUCAUCCAUAUCCUCUUUCCAUUCAUUUUUGCCUGUAAUGUUAUAACUCUUCCUUUAACAAUGUUUUAAUGAUCAUAAAUUAGGUGAAAGUUAUGUAGAGCAAUCUGCUACAAGCAGUAAAAUUAUUAUACUUGUUGCUACUUUGCAUGAGAAGCCAUCAGACUUUUUAUUGAUUCAGCUGCUUUGUGUGAAUCCCAUCAUUUGGUUUGGAGGAACCCCUGCACGAUUUCUCACAUGUCAGAUGACUGUUCCUAUCAGGGGUCUUGUGAUACCCAUUACUCAUUAUAAGGGAAGGUUUGUGGCCACAAUUCCACCGAUUCCAUUUAAUCUAUCUUUAAUGAGGAAAGUUUGCAAAUUGGCCCUUGGCACUCAGAAAAUGUCUUAAAACACCGUGGGUGGCUUAUUUUGGUGUUUCACAUAGCAGUGAUUUUUUUUAUCAUCAAAGAAUUUAUGUCUAAUUUGGCAAACAUCAUGUGAAAUGUGACCUCAAGAAGGAAGAAAAGAACAACGGACUGUCAGCAUCCAAGAGGUGUGCCAUUGAAUGAACCACUGAAGCCCUUUGUCGUUAGAAACCAUUUGGGUUGUUGGCAACCAGACUGCGGGGGCAUCGGGGCCGUGGGUUUUACUCCGCUCCAGUCACUGGAGCAUCAUGGGAAAGCGGCUGACUUUGUAUUUAUGAAAGAAGUUUGUUAUCUUAAACUUGGCCUGUGAACUCCGUGCAGAAUGAUGAAAGGCAGAAUUGCUUAGAGAUAGGCAGGACCUUUGGCGUCCAGUCCCAGCACUUUAUAAAUGAGAAAAGGUGAUCGCUGUGGGGCACUCAGUUUCCGGCAGGCAAGCUUUGCGAUGACAGGAGCCUUGCUGGGCGGUAGUGGCCCCGGGCCCACGGGCAGCACGUGCCCUCUGGCAGACAGGCGUCUGAAAUGGCCCCAAAUUCUGAUGCUUUACGGCAGAUUUUGGCUCUUUAUGAGCAAGCCAUUGAGUUAGAUGUGACACCUCCUUGGGCUUCCACUCCUGCACUCCUGGGGAGCUGUGGGCAUGAAGUAGCCUUCCCAAGGACUCCUUUCUUCAAACAAUAUAAAACGUUUACAAACAUGACAAAACUUAGCAAUAUCAAAGCUACAGGGCGGAGUUCAUCUUCCUCCUCUCAUCACUGUCAAGCUGGCAAACUUAUGUUUGUCUCAGCCUCUUCCCGAAGUCCACACACAAAAAAAAAUUGUCCUUUCAUUGUAACUUAGGAAGAAAAUGACAUCUUAGUCUUAAAAAUCAGUUACAUUCGAAUAUCUAAACCAAGAUAGCAAAAAUAAGUGACCUUGGUCUGGAGACAAACUUCCCAUGUCACGAGCAAAGCAAACUUGAUUUUCCGAGUUAAGUUGGUAAGGGGAGAGAAAUCCCUAAGUAGGGCAAGGCCCAUGGGCCUGGCUUCUGGGGAGCUUUUCGCUUUGCCGCAUUGGGCCAGUAGAUGGCAGCAGAUUUUCAUCACAUGGGGAACCAUUGUGAAACCCUUCCCCCACCUGGGCUACAGUCAUCUCUAAUUUAGAACAUUUGGAGAAUUCCUUCCUUUUUUUUUUUUUUUUUUUUCUUUCUUUUCUUUCUUUCUUUUUUUUUUAACUGUUAAUCCAGGAGAGGGAGUCCUUUGCCAACCGAUGAAUAACAAUGUCUGUCCGGACACUCUCCCGCUAAUGGUGUCAUGCAGGGCCCCCAGCGAACAUUGCCAUUUUUCUGGGGCCUCCAGGGAGGGUGAAGAAAGGGGUGCCCUUAUUUACUGGGAAAAUCACGUCAAGGCGCCCGUUUCCUUAGAUCCGGGUCUAAGCCACGUGUGUAUACUUGUUGAAAUCCUUUGUGUGUCAUAGGGAAAAGUUUCCUUUACUCCCCGGACAACGUCACACACCCAAGUCCAGCAUGAUAUUCUUAAUGUGAUUUUAAACAACGUGGAUCAGGAAAGAUGCUAAUUGCCGGGUUUUCAUUGCAUUUGCUUUGCUUUUAUUUGUUUUUCUAUGAACAGUUAGAGAACCAAUUUUUUUCCAAAGGUGAUUGUAAGUCAUAUUUUAUAUAGCAUUUUGCUUGAUUAUUUGCUCUGUACUGAAUUUGUACGCUGUUGCCAUUAGAUCUUACAAUAAUGUUCCACUCUGCAAAUUUUUAAGGUUCAAAUAAAGUUUAAUUGUUUGCAAACUGU